GUUUGUCAUUUCGAAUCAUAACCUCGAAACUUAGAAUAAAUAAAAUAAGUAAACUAAAAAUGUUUGGUUUGUGUUUGUAUAUAAGGAAUUAAGUAUCAAAAACAUAACUAUUUUCAAUGUACUUCAUUGUGAUUUCAAUUACUGUAUAAAUUGUAACUUUUACUUGAAGUAGCGAUGGUUAGAAGCGGGCGGGAUCGUGAUAGAGACCGUGAUCGCAGGCGUUCCCACAGCCGUUCAGCUACGCCUGAUCGUAAACGGAGACGAUCCCGAUCACGGAGUAGAGAUCGCAGUUCAAAAUCAUCUAAACGAAAACGUAGCCGUAGCAGAGAUAGGGAUUCUAAGAGAGACCGGAGCAGAGACAGAGAUCGUGAUAGAAAGAGUGACAAGAGAGAUGACAAGAGGAAUGGAUCUGGCAGUAAAUCAUCAAGGAAAAAGUCACCUGAUAAAGACAGAAAGGAAAGGUCAAAAUCUAAAGAAAAAUCUGCCAAAACAGAUACUGGAGAUUACGACUUGGGCUCAGUUGACAAGGAAGAGGAACAGAGUCGUUUAGAAGCAGAAAUGCAGAAAAGACGUGAACGAAUUGAGCGUUGGCGUGCGGAACGAAAACGCAAAGAGUUGGAGUCUGCUAAGAAGGAAGUGCAGAAAGGUAGCCUAGUCACCAAUAUUCAAGUAUCAGCUACAAAGAAAUGGUCCCUAGAGGAUGAUUCUGGUGAUGAAGGUGAAGAUGGAGAAGGUAAAGAAAAGCAAAGCAUAGAGGAGAAGAUAGAAGAAGAAGAUGAAAUAGAUCCUUUAGAUGCUUAUAUGCAGGAAGUUCAACAAGAAGUUCGUAAAGUCAAUCAGAUGGACCAAUCCCGAGGCCUUUUAAGUGUGCCAUCCGCUGGGGGAGGCACAGGUGUUGUUAUUUUAACGGGGACAGCUAAAAAGAAGGUUGCAGAACAAAAGAAUAAAGGUGAAUUAAUUGAACAGAAUCAAGAUGGAUUAGAAUAUUCAUCUGAGGAAGAAACAGAGGAUAUAAAAGAUGCAGCGGCUACACUUGCCUCCAAACAGAGGAAGGAACUGGCCAAAGUAGACCAUGCUAGUUUACAAUAUAUGUCGUUUAGAAAAGCAUUUUAUACUGAGGUAAGUGAGUUAUCAAGGAUGACUCCUGAAGAAGUAGAGGCAUACAGAACAGAGUUAGAAGGAAUAAGAGUUAAGGGUAAGGGAUGUCCUAAACCUAUUAGGACUUGGGCACAUUGUGGUAUUAGCAAGAAAGAAAUGGAUAUUUUAAAGAAACUAAACUUUGAAAAGCCAACACCAAUACAAGCUCAAGCAAUACCAGCCAUUAUGUCUGGGAGGGAUUUAAUAGGUAUAGCAAAGACAGGAUCAGGUAAAACUCUAGCGUUUAUCUUACCAAUGUUCCGGCAUGUUCUGGACCAGCCUGCCCUGGAGGACACGGACGGACCCAUAUCCCUCAUCAUGACACCCACUAGAGAGCUGUGUAUGCAGAUCGGCAAGGAUAUAAAGAAGUUUGCCAAAUCUUUGGGAUUACGAGUUGUCUGUGUGUAUGGUGGUACCGGUAUUUCUGAACAGAUAGCGGAGCUGAAGCGCGGCGCGGAGAUGAUAGUGUGCACCCCGGGGCGCAUGAUAGACAUGCUGGCCGCCAACUCGGGCCGCGUCACCAACCUGCGCCGCGUCACCUACGUCGUGCUGGACGAGGCAGACCGCAUGUUCGACAUGGGCUUCGAGCCGCAAGUGAUGAAAAUAAUAGACAACGUACGUCCGGACAGACAGACGGUGAUGUUCAGUGCCACAUUCCCGCGACAAAUGGAGGCUCUCGCGCGACGGAUACUGCAGAAACCUAUUGAAAUACAAGUCGGCGGCAGAAGCGUGGUCUGCAAGGAGGUGGAACAGCACGUGGCUAUUCUAGAAGAAGAGGCGAAGUUCUUCAAGCUGCUGGAGCUGCUGGGCCUGUACAGCCAGAUGGGCAGCAUCAUCGUGUUCGUGGACAAGCAGGAGAACGCGGACAGUCUGCUCAAAGAUCUCAUGAAGGCUUCGUAUUCUUGUAUGAGUUUGCAUGGAGGCAUUGAUCAAUUCGACAGGGACUCGACGAUCGUGGACUUCAAGUCGGGCAAGGUGCGGCUGCUGGUGGCCACCAGCGUGGCGGCGCGCGGCCUCGACGUCAAGCAGCUGGUGCUCGUCGUCAACUACGACUGUCCUAAUCACUAUGAGGAUUAUGUACACAGGGAAGCAGCCGAGGAGGUGUUCCGCAAGUACGAGACUGAGCUGGAGAUCAACGACUUCCCGCAGCAGGCGCGCUGGAGGGUCACCAGCAAGGAGGCGCUCGCAUUGAUCAGUGAAUAUUCGGAGGCGGGUAUAACGGUGCGCGGUACGUACGUGCCGACAGGCAAGCCGCCGCCCGACGGCGAGAGGAAGCUGUACCUCGCUAUAGAGAGCUCGCAGGAACUCGCCGUUGCUAAAGCCAAGUCGGAGAUAACGAGACUCAUCAAGGAGGAACUACUCAAACUGCAGUCCUCCGCACACCAUAUGAUCAAUAAAGCGAGAUAUAAAGUUAUAUAGCCAACUAAUAAAUUGCGCCUCCGA